CUGAAAACACGUUGAUUUUGUUUGCCAGAUGAGUCAGAUCUCGGGACUCGUAACCUGAUUUGAGUUUUAAAUGCUUCCUUAUUAUGUCUCCCGCUGGAGCGGUCGAAGGAAUUGCACUUUAGUUGUGAUUAGUCACUUGAAAUCCCCUCGUUUCUGUCUUGUGGACGUGUUGUUUUGGUUAUCUAAUGGCCAUUUCAGGCAGCUGUAAGGUACGGCACGCAGACUAGGCUGUAAUAAAUGAUGAGUCAGGUCAGUGCUGCUGUUCUGGACUUCCCAGGACUGAAUGUUUCACAGAGCUGGAGAGGCGUCGUAAGGCUUAACCCAAAAGGUUUAACAUUAGCCGAAGGAUCCUGCUUGGUUGGUAUUUUUGAUAACCAAAAUAAGCCUGCUGUGCUCAGGUUAUGUUUUUCACACUAUGUGCUGAACGGCCACAAUGUCAGGAAAUAUUUAAGAACCGUGAUCUUUGGAAGAGCUUUAUCGGUUCCAGUGGAACCUUUAGGACUUACUGUCAUAUCGUUUUACACAAAACGCACAUAGACACAAAUGCAGCAAUAAGAGAAGAUCUUGGGGACCGGUGCAUCACAGAACGCGCUUCGCUACAAUGCCCGUGCAAGCCCCGCAAUGGACCGAGUUUCUUUUGUGUCCCAUCUGCACGCAAACCUUCGAGGAGAGCCACCGCAAGCCCAUCAGCCUGGGCUGCGGCCACACCGUGUGCAAAAUGUGCCUGAACAAACUGCACCGCAAGGCCUGCCCGUUCGACCAGACCACCAUCAGCACGGACAUUGAGCAGCUGCCCGUCAACACAGCGCUGUUGCAGCUCGUCAGCGGACAGGUAGCCAAACCUCCCCCCGUCACUUUACUGACAGCUGCAGAGGACGUCAAGCACUAUGAGGAGUCUCGCACAUGUGUGGAGGACCUGGCCCUCUAUCUCAAACCCCUGAGCAACACCAGAGGUGCAGGGCUGAAUGGCGCCGCUCAGAGCGUUCUCAGCAGACCCAUGCAGAGGAAGCUGGUGACUCUGGUUCACUGCCAGCUGGUGGAGGAGGAGGGCCGCAUCCGGGCCAUGCGGGCGGCCCGCUCUCUGGGUGAACGCACGGUCACUGAGCUCAUCCUCCAGCACCAGAACCCCCAGCAGCUCUCCUCUAACCUGUGGGCGGCCGUCAGAGCCAGAGGCUGCCAGUUUCUCGGCCCUGCUAUGCAGGAAGAAGCACUGAAACUGGUUCUGCUCGCUCUGGAAGACGGUUCGGCCCUCUCACGGAAGGUUUUGGUCCUGUUUGUGGUCCAGAGACUCGAACCACGUUUUCCUCAGGCCUCAAAAACAAGCAUAGGACACGUAGUGCAGCUCCUCUACAGGGCCUCCUGCUUUAAGGUGACCAAACGUGACGAGGAUUCCUCCCUGAUGCAGCUGAAGGAGGAGUUUCGCACUUACGAGGCUCUCCGGAGGGAACACGACUCUCAGAUCGUUCAGAUCGCGAUGGAGGGCGGUCUGCGUAUCGCCCCCGACCAGUGGUCAUCUCUACUGUACGGUGACCAGUCACACAAAUCCCAUAUGCAGUCCAUCAUAGACAAGCUGCAGACACCAGCAUCCUUUGCUCAGAGCGUGCAGGAGCUCACCAUCGCCCUUCAGAGAACCGGAGAUCCAGCCAAUCUCAACCGCCUCAGACCCCAUCUGGAGCUGCUGGCCGACAUCGACCCCAGCCCAGAUGCCCCUGCGCCCACGUGGGAGCAGCUAGCCAAAGGGCUGGAAGCGGUUCGGACCGUCGUUCACGGCCUGGUGGACUUCAUCCAGAAUCACAGCAAAAAAGCAGGGGAUCAGCAGCAGCCACCCCAGCACAGCAAAUACAAGACGUACAUGUGUCGGGACAUGAAACAAAAAGGCGGCUGUCCUCGCGGAGCAAGUUGCACCUUCGCUCACUCUCAAGAAGAGCUUGAAAAGUACCGUAAGAUGAAUAAACGUUUGGGAAUGAGGCGACAGCUCAGCCAGUCCCUGACCCAGCUGAAUGAGAUAGACCUCGGCGCCGGCCUGCUGCCUGACGAGGGGCCGCCGAUGGAGGGACUCCCGCGGAAACACUCCUCCAUCACUAACGUCAUCCUAGCUGCAGGACCCGAUUCCAGCUUGGCCCACCUGGUCUCCAGAGGCUCGGACCCAUCAUAUGACCCAACGCACAAAGCAGGGAAGAUGGACUCUGGGAGCCUCAGUGCACCUGGUUCACCUCCAGACUCAUUGGAAUCCAUCCCUAAAGCAGGGAUGCUCAUAAAUUCCCACUCCAGGGUGGCUGGCGACGGCGCAGUCGGACAGAAGCACAUUUCUGCGGUGUCUCGAGUCACUCACAUGUACUCACCCCACCAGUCUGAACGCUAUUACUCUGACACAAGAGGCCCUCUGCCACCCUCCGCCCAAUACGAACCCUCCCAGUACCCUGCAGGUAAUCCUUACCCUCACCACCACGUGCACCAACGUUACGCCCGUCACCCCGCUCCGGAUCCAGGCAUGCCACCGUAUGCAGACUCCUAUUCCAGCUCCUACACCUCAGAGCGACAGUGCGCCAACCACAGCUCCCAUUACGGUUACCCUUCACACCACGACGCUCGUCGCUACCCAGCCUACGCCCAUCCUCAAACCUUGCCGCCUCGGGAGGAACUGGUGCGAAGGAGUCCAGACGCUCCCCCGCCGCUGCCUCUGCAAAACGCUUCAUACCUGCCAGAGUCAGAAAACUAUAACCACUCCAGUCAGAUCAGGAAUUACCAGAGGAAUGCCUACACGCGACCUCAGCCAUCCCUGGACUACCUGCACCGCAGAAGACAGGAGAUCAUGGCCCAGCUGGAGGAGAGGAAGGUGGCUUCCCCGUCGCCCUUCGUCUCCUCACACUCGUACGAGCCCAGCUACCCUCAGGACGUAAGGGGGCAGAGCCAUUACAUGGAAGACAACUCCCACAGUUUUGGACACUUCCGGGAACCGGACUACACCGGCUCAUAUUCACCUUGGUCAUGUGACACCUUCGGUUCCUACAUUGGCGGCAAGGAUGUAAAGUCCAAAGAAGGCAUGAACGCCAUGGAAACACAAAAUAUAGACAAAGGCAAAAGUCUGAGAGCACACGGCUUGGAGCUUCAGCGCAGAGCGGCAGACGUCAAAGACGACGACCCCAUCAUUCCCUUUGGCUCCCUGCCCACCGUGUCUCGUUUCGGAGCCAUCUCGCGCACGUCUAAACCAGGCUACCCGCCAAACAGUCCCAUGCCACCCUUGCCAAACUCAGCCAAGCACACCGCUUCAGUUGCUGACUACACCUAUGCGAAUCACAGCGGGUGGAGCAGUGACUCCUACCAGCCACACCAAACAUCUCAGGGGCACUUCAGCGAGCGAUCCAGUUUAUCCCCUGCCGUGCAGGCGCGUGAGCAGCUGAGGAUGGAGCUACAGCAGGUCAACCUCCAAAUCAGCCAACAGACACAGAGGAGCGGCCUGGAGAACCCGAGUUCCGUCAUGUCCCAGCCGUCUCGAGCAGACUGGUCAUCUGGGAAUUUGUCCAGUGAACAGCUGAGUCUCGAGCUGCACCAGGUGGAGAGAGAUAUCGUCAUGAGGACACAGGAGAUGGCCAUGGAAAACCACGAUGGCAAGUACAAGCGGGUCUCGGUGGAAAAUGGACAAGACGAACACAGUCUGCAACGAGAUGAACAUCCACUCACUCUUAGUGAGGGUUCAAAUGGCUCCAUCGGUUUGGUCCAAGACUGCGCUCUCGUCAGCAGCAGCAUGUCCUCGCUGACCGGCAAGACGUCAUCUCUCAGUUUGUGCUCCGAACAGGUGACCAGCAGCCCUGACUUGCCCAAGAACGGAGUCAUCCACUCCUAGCCGGCUCUUUCUACCUCAAAUUGACCUUCCUCAACCACCGCCCCUCUAUUAUGCCAGGUUAAACCCUCUAAAGCAGGACGCUCCAUCAUCGCUUAAUCCUGAGCGCUUAGCUUCCUCCGAUGACCCUCAAACACCCAUCAGGCAAAUAUGGGUGGGAUUCGCUGUGCAUGUGCCUCAGCAGACUUGCACAAUCAUGCCCUGAUUUAGUUUCCUUUUACAGCAUUAUCUGCUGUCGAGUAUUUUCUUCCUGCUUUGUGUUCACCUCCUUCCCGAGUCGAGCCUUUUUUCAUAGCCGCGCAAAUCAGGGCGAAUCCAAAAAAAUCGUAAAUGUUUGUCAGCCAACAUAUAUAACAUGAUCUCAGUUAUGUUGUUUUAACUAUCAUUAAUCCACUAUCUUGGGUUUCAAAAUUGCUUUUUUUAUCAUCAUAUGCUACGUUUUCGGUAGUUGCGCUCUUCGUCGCGCUCGGUGUGGCGUUUACACUUCUGUCAGAGUUUACAGUGUUUAAAUUGAUGAUAUUUUUUUUUUUUUACAAUAACUGCAGGCUUGCUGCAUAUUGAACCAAUUUUGACGGUUAAAACUAUGUAUCAUGUUUCAUACAUUAGGCUUCAUUUAGGCUUUUACAGAGUGGUUGCUGCGAUGUACAUUUAUUGUCUGUUAUAGAAAUGCCCGAAUGUUGAUUUGACCUCAGUUGCCAACAAACCCAAAAGCCUUUUCCAGUCUUAAUAGGGCCCCUGUAUUGUUUUCAGCAUAUUACACUACACUGCCUGUGGGAUUUGGAUUGAACCGCCCGUAAUCAUCAUUUUCUGUUGUAAUGUCCUCAGGGAUGCAUUAUUCGGCCUCUGUUUUUUGUGGACGUGAAUAGAACUAACAAUCCAGGUCACUCUGGUUUUUUCAUAGUGGGUAUAUUUACAUUUUUCCAUCCUGAGGAUGGAAAGAAAGCCGCUACGUUAAUGCAUAAAGAUGCAUUCUGUUGUAAGAGUGCGUAUAUACUGCUCUUCACUUUGUCAGUGAAAUUACGAUCUUCAGAUCAAGCCAUGUUUUGGGGUUUUUUUGGUAUAUGUGAUGUUUCUCAUCCUGAAAGAUGUGGGGUAUAUUCAAAGCAAAAAGAAAGGCUUUGAUCCAGUUGUAGCCGCCUCAAGACUCCUUCGUUCUCCGUUUCGUCUUUUGAAGUUUAAAAAACGUUGUUUUGAUGGGCCGGUUCGAUCGAAUUCCCCCUACAGGCUGGGCUCAGGCAUGUACAUCACAGUCCUCCUCCACUUCAUUUUCAUACUGAUCGGUGGAUUAACUGAGCCUCCUAUACUUUUUUUAGUUUUACAGUCGCAUGUCUUGCAGGAGACUGUAGGACUAGUCUGGAAUCCUUACCUGUUAAAAGAAAGUUCACCAAAAAUUUGAACACAAUCAGAACAGAUUUGGAGAAAUGUAACAUCAACAUUUACUUGCUCAGCAAUGGAUCCUCUUCAGUGAAUGGGUGCCGUCAGAAUGACAGUCCAAACAGAAGAUAAAUACAUCAUAAUAAUACACAUUUAAUCCACAGUAUUCCAGUUCAUCAAUGUAUGUCUUGUGAAGCAAAAAUUAGUUUCUUGUAAUAAACGAAUGCAUGUUAAAGAGGUUUUAAACUCUUGCUUCUGGCUAAAGUACAAGUUUGUAAUACUGCAUUCUUCAGGGAAAAAAGUCGUUUAAAGGAAAAGGGAAAUAUGCAAAGAUGAUAAUGGCACAAAAAAACUUGAAGAACAACAGAGGAUGGGCUUUUUUACUGGAGGAAGCAUUAUAGAUUAUGGACACACAUUUUGGCCAGAAGCAACUGUUUAAAGUAGAAAUAAGUUGUUGUUUUUUUUGUGAAAAACUGCAUAUUUGUAAGAAACGACAUUCAUUGGAGUUGUGUGGAUUACUUCUGGGUCAUUGUGAUGGUUUUUAUCAGCUGUUUGGACUCAUUCUGACAGCAACCGUUCACUACAGAGCAACCACUGGUAAAUAUCUCCAAAUCUGUUCAGAUGAAAAAAGCACGAACACUUCCGUAUUUCACAUUAUUUGGAACUGGAAUUUUGUUUCAGACCCAACCAAAAACAGUUACGCCAAUCCCAGUGAUCUUCAAAGUCCCACCACCAGCCAAUUCUGCCAAGAUGUCGGGGUAUAAAAGUAAAACUUUGUAGAACCUGCAGACAAUUUUCUCACUUUCUGUGCAGAUUUAGGAUGAAAAACCGACGGCAUUAUCAAACUAGUCAAAAUAAACACAUAAUGUGUUGACAAAGACUUGGCAAAUUUGCCUUAAUGUUAAUGUCCACAACAUUAUAUUUCCAUCCGCUAAUCCACGAUCAGUAAUGUAUUAGGUUUAUUAAAACACUUGCACUGUAAAUCUCAAACUUGCAUUCUUUCAUGUAGUUGCUUCCUUGGUGGUGAGAUCUCAUCACUUACAAAACACUGUCCGCCUCAUUUAUUUCGCUUUAAGUAAGAGUUUAUUUAAUUUUUUUUCCUGCUAGCGUAUAAUGGUCUCUUGAGACAUCCUACCACAACCUUAAAAGCACCUAUUUUGGUGUAACUUCUCUUAAGUUGGAGUUGAUUUCUAUUGUUUUUAUUACUUUCAUUAUUGCUGUCGCUUUGGUGUGAGCUUUGGACAUUUAAGCAAUCGUAAAGAUUGGAUAUUGCAACUUUGUUUAGCUAACCACUGUGAAGCACAGUGUAGACUUUAAGGAUAGCAUGAAUUUACCUAAAAUUAGUUUGAAAGAAACUGAGGGUUUUUUUGUUGUUGGUUUGAAGCAACUUAAUGGAUUACGAACGCUUGGUUUAAAAAGGCAAAGUCAUGUUAAAGCGCUCUUGUAGGUAUUUUUAGGAUCUGCAAGUCCUAGGUCCACUUUGGUGACAUCGUCUUUUUUUUUCAGUUUAAAGGAACACCUCUGUCUUUAUCUCAGGGUUGAUUUUAGUGUAUUUGGGUGUAAACAUCAUGUUUUGUGCUUUUUUUUUUUUUUUCUUUCUUUCUUUUCAGGACUGCAAUUGUCGUUUAACCAGUUUCGAGACUUGAAGACUUCAAGACUGUGCCUUUUAUGCAAAUGUGCAGUUAUUCACAAGUUCGGUGUUUAGAUGUAGCUGAACCUUCUCGAAUUAUAAUAUUCAACUCUUCUCGGUCUUCUAAGUCAGCAUUUAUAUUAAAUGAUCUCUACAAAUCUGCAGGCGUUCAGGCCACCGAACUGAGUACUGCCUAUCCUUUCUGAGAUAAAGGAAUCUAUUGCCAGGUCAUUCGUUUUUGUAGCCAUUUUGUGUACGUUUCAUGCAAGUGAACUUGAGUAUUUAAGCAUGUUUCAUGAUGUGAUGGUGGUCUUUUGAUGUUAGAGUUCUGAAUUGGAACAGGAAAACAAGGACAGUCUGUGUAUUUUGACGUAAUUUAAUCCAUGUUCAGAGAGGAAAGUGUCACAGAUUAUUCUCCUGUUUGAUGAUAUUAUUGGAAGACUGAUAAUACAGAUAAACAAAUCAAGGUUUAAUGAUCUCAUAAAAGCCAUUAAUACAAUUCCUGACGGCUCCUUUGUACCUAACCGAGUGUUUCCUUGAAACGCAGAUUGUGUAAACUUUUGCAGAAGGGCUCAAUUUAUUACGCGUUUGAAGUCAGCCGUUUGAAAAGCAACCAUUUUAAACUAUUGUUGCAAAGCAACAUUUACAUGAUCGCCCAUGAGCCAAUGGGAAUCGCUGUUGAUUUGAAAAGGGAACCAAACUGUUUACCCAGAAGAAUCUCGUGAACGCUGUCAAAAAAUGGUCACAAUUUACCCCAAAAUAAUAGUAUGCAUGAAUUGAGAGCCCAUUUUUGAAGCCUCUUUAAUUUUUACAAUUGUGAAUAUUAUUGUCGUGACAUUAAACAGAAUAGUACUGUUUUGUAAGACAUAAUAAAACGUUUUUAUUAUGAAAUCAAUAGCGAUUUUUUUGUAUCACAGUCAUGAGUAUUUUAUUUAUUUAUUUUUAAAAAAUUGCCUGGUUUCAAUGCAAACAAAACCUAAAAAGUUUUGAGGCGAAAUGACUACUCCUUUUUUUUUUUUUUUUUUCGUGAGGUUCAUCCACCCAGUGCUGACUUCUUCAAUAAAAAUAAAGAGAGAGUUGUAUUUAUGAUCAGUGUCUAAUGAACAGUCUCAGUGUUUCCUCGCUGGAACUAAUUUUCUUAUUGUGAUUGUUGACUAUGUUCAGGGUUCAUUUUAAAAUACGAAUGUAGUACUAAUUGGUGUCAAACGUCGUGAACAUGAAAAAAUAGGAAUGAUUGAAAUGAUUUAAACACUUGGUGCCUGAAACACCCAAGACUUUCGUAUGUUUUCCCACAGAGAUAAAUGAUUAGUGGUACGUAUUCUCCCUCGGCCUAAAGGGGAAGGUAUGCGCCAUGCACAAACACACACAGAUUUAUGAGAAGUCAUGAUGUUACUUGAAAACAUGAGGGUUGUGCACAAGUACAGGCUUUAGUGUUUUAGCCUCUAGCUGUAGGACGUAGAUUUAAAGGAAUGAUUGUGUGUUUGUGUUCAAGUGUGUCCAAAGAGAGUGCUGUCCACCUCAUUUCUGUAUGUUUGUUCCCACUGUAACUCGUUGCUUGCACUCAUGUGUUGAAUAUUUUUCGUGAGAUGGGGUGUUGCAUUGUGGUCUUUUCACCAUGAUUCCUAACAUCGGGAUAUAUAAUUGUUUUUGAUGAUUUCUCCCAUGUUAUCUCAUGAUAGACUGCUUAAAUUAAGGUACAUUUUAACUUCAACCUGAAUAAGAAAGUAAAUGUUUGUAUAUUAUACUCCAUUAAGGAAUGUUUAGAAUAUUUCUCCAAUGUGGAUGUAGUUGUAAUACCUUUUUUUUUUUUUCUUUGUACAAGAAUUCACUGUGUGAAAUUUUGGAUUGCAUUUUUGUAUAAUACAAUUGCUUUUCUUCUUUGAGAGGGCAGGGGGUAUUACUAACUGGAUUUUUGAAUUAGAUAAUGAAAAACUUGAAAAAAAAAAUAUUUAAUAAGAAAUGUAUUUUAUGUGCAGCAGUGAUUCUGGCAUGGAUUAUGAUUAAAUGAUAUUGUAAACCA